AUGGAUAUCAACUCGCUGUUUCGCGGGGUGUUUCCCACAAUGGCGGCCAAUAUGACGAUACCUGCUGAGAAUGCCUCAGCCGACAACAUGCGCGGACUGGCAGAGGGAAUACUUCCCAUGCUUGGCCUUCGUGGUCUGCUCCCAAUGUAUGGAGUCCUAGGCAGCUGGCUGGGGCUAGACCCAACAUUUUUACUCACAGCCUUCGGCGGCUUCUGGGCGUUGAACAAGUUGUUACGGCAACUAUACCAUAUAGGCUAUGGUCUCAUCACAGAGUAUCUGAUGUGCAACAUCCACAUCAGCAGCACAGAUGACAUGUACUUGCAUCUGAUGAGAUGGCUCGCCGUGCAGCCCAAGAUGGUCAGUUCUCGGUCCCUGACUGCUGAGACUGUCAGCAAGACGGCCUGGGACCACGAGGACGACACCAACCUCUCGAAGGAUCUGACAGGAAACUACCUUAACUUCUCCAACCAAGAAGCCAUGGCGCCCCCUCGGUUCGUUCCCGCAGUAGGGUUGCACAACUUCUGGUGGCAAGGCACCUACUACCGACUUCACCGCAAGCAAGCGUCCAUCUUCGACGAUGGCUCCAGCGGCGCUGGUAUGGCGGGUAUCUUCAAGGAUAAAGAGGACUUGGUCAUUUCAUGUCUGGGACGAAGCCCUGAACGCAUCAAAGAGCUGCUCAAGUACUGCAAGGAGCAGUACUUCAAAAACCACCACGCUAGAACCAUUAUCAAGCGGCCCAGCCCCCAGAACCUCCGUCGUUACGGCGGUCGUCACAGCUGGCAGCAGGUAGCAGACCGGCCUGUACGAGACAUGCGGACUGUUGUUCUGGAUCACCAGCAGAAACAUCAAGUUCUGGCGGAUAUCAACGAGUAUCUUCAUCCGGCGACUCCCCGCUGGUAUGCCAACAGAGGUAUUCCACUCCGACGUGGUUAUCUCUUCCACGGACCACCAGGUACGGGUAAAACGUCUCUGUCGUUUGCUUUGGCUGGUGUUUUUGGCCUCGACAUUUACGUCAUCUCUCUCCUAGAGCCAACACUUACCGAAGAAGACCUGAGCACAUUGUUCAAUUCACUGCCCCGCCGCUGCGUAGUUCUGCUCGAAGAUAUCGACACGGCCGGUUUAAGACGGCCCGCUGAAGAAUUCGAGACAGCCGAGGCGGCCAAAACGGGCAGCAAGGACGAAGCCACGGGCACCCCUAAUGAUUGGAAGGUCAGCGACCUCGCCAAGGCCCUCAAGAAGGAAGGCGACGACAAGAAGGGGAUCUCCCUAUCCGGUCUCCUCAAUGCCAUCGAUGGCGUAGCUUCCCACGAAGGCCGUGUCCUCAUCAUGACUACCAACGUCCCCGAACGCCUCGAUGCUGCUUUGACUCGCCCUGGCCGCGUCGAUCUGCAGGUCGGCUUUACCAACGCCACCCGAGAGCAGGCUAGGGAGCUGUUCGUUCGAAUGUAUGAGGCAGAUCAGAGCCGUCGGCAGCAAGCAUAUCUACUACCAUACACGAACAGAGACUCCAAGGAAGUCGUCGUCGCCAACGGCAAGGCCGGGUCUAAUGGAUACAUCAAAGUCUCUGAGACGCAGAGCACCAUCAACUCGGGCGACCUGGAUAUCUCGCCCGAGAAGCUUCCCCAAGUCGCCAACGAAUUUGCGGACAAGAUUCCCAAUGGCGCGUUCUCGCCCGCAGAAAUCCAGGGGUUCUUGCUCAAGCGGAAGAAGCACCCGCUCAAGGCCCUGGAGGAUGCUGAUAAGUGGGUUGAGGGCAUGAAGAGGCAGAAAGCAUCCAAGUCCAAGAUUUUGGAUGUGCAAUAA